AGAGCUCUGCGCGAGGAUGGCCGAGUCCUGCGCGCUUGAGGAGCUGCAGUCGGAGCUGACCUGCCCGGUGUGCCUGGAGCUCUUCCGUGACCCGGUGAUCCUGGAGUGCGGUCACCACUUCUGCCAGCUCUGCAUCGUCCAGUGUUGGGAGGCCAAAGCCGACGAGCUGUCAAGCUGCCCCAAGUGUCGCAAGACCUGCGCCCGAAAACUGAGACCCAACUCGCUGCUGUGCAACGUCGUGGACAGCGUGAGGCGAGCCCGGACCGUGGACACGAGCGCCGCGAUCGGCAUCGGCUUACUGCCGCUGUGGUCGCCCGAAGAACCGGAGGAGCGAGAGCCCGGAUCCAGCAUGAGCAGCGUGGCCUCGUCCAUCAGCCACUGGCCUCGUCUGGGCCUGGACCUGUGCGAGGAGCAUGAGGAGAAGCUGAAGCUCUACUGUGAGGAUGACCAGCUGCCCAUUUGCCUGGUCUGCGGGAUGUCCAGGGACCACAAGACGCACAACGUCAUCCCCAUCAACGAGGCCUUCGAGAACUACCGGGACAAGCUGUCUGUGGCUCUUCAGAGGGUUCAGCUGCAGUCAGAGGAGGCCACGCUCUUCCAACGCCGAACCAACGAGAAGAUCCUGCUCAUAAAGGAGCGAGCCGGGGACCUGGAGGAGAUGGUCACCACAGAGUUCAGUCGUUUAAGAGACUUUCUCCUGGAAGAGGAGCAGCGUAUCAAGGAGAAGCUGCAGAAGCAGAAAGAGGAGAAGCUCACCCAGCUGGAGGAGGCGCUGACCGUCGCCACCGAGCAGAUCAGCCAGCUGGAGAGCACAGCGGACCAACUUUGUUCCAAACUGAGGGAGGAAGAAAACCCGGAGCAGCUGAAGGGAAUCAAAGAUUUUAUCGGCGGAGCUGAGAGCUUGUUUAUACAGCCACCGGAGGUGAGUGUGGAUCUACAGUCGGCAGAGUUCCUCGGACCGCUUCAGUAUCGCACGUGGAGAAGAAUGAGCUCCAUCUUCCAGCCAGCUGUGACCACUGUCUCUCUGGACCCUGACACCGCGUACCCGUGUCUCUGGGUCUCCCCCUGCCGCACCAGUGUCCAGGUCGGAAAGCUGCAGCCCAACCUUCCCAACAACGCCGAGCGCUUCACCCUCUACAACAUUGUCCUGGGCUCCGAAGCCUUUUCCUCUGGCAGACACUACUGGGAGGUGGAGGUGGGAGCCAAGACGGCGUGGGGUCUGGGCGUGGCCAAAGCCUCCGUCAACAGAAAAGAGGAGAUCAGCCUGUGCCCUGAUGACGGCUUCUGGACCCUGGUACUGAGGGAUGAUGGCAAUGGCACCAGCGAGUAUGAAGCAUGCACAGACUCCGAGGACAGCUUGUUAUACCCCAGCAAACCUCCGCAAAGGAUCGGGGUCUACCUGGACUGCGACCGGGGGGAAGUGGCUUUUUACGAUGCGGGCGACAUGAGCCACUUGUUCACCUUCUACGACACCAAAUUUACGGAGCCGGUGUUUCCAUACUUCAAUCCCUGGCCCAUUAUAAACGGGCGGAACAGGGAGCCCCUCACCAUAGUCACGCCUCACUGGGGGUAGAGCAGGGCCUGUGAACCGACUGACCAGGUGUGGAUGCAAUAAUAACUCAAAACAGCAUUAGCUUUGGAGCUCAAGCGCCAUUUGGAAUUUUGUUGUGGAACAUUACCAUCUCUAUUUCUCAAAACUGAGAGGCAACAAUGGGUCAAGCGGAAAGCAGAACACAAAUUGUUAAAAAAAAGGAUGACCAUAUGGAGAAAACGUUGAGGCUAAAGAUCAUAUAGCAAUAAAAUAAUAAAAAUGAUGUAGCAAAAGUCACCUUAACCCUCACUGUCAAACAAAAACUACAUUUUAAAUAGCAUUAUAUGUUGAAAUGAGACUAAAAUGGUGGAGUUAAUGAAAUGAAAGAGUGAAUAAUUUAGUCAUGGAAAUUUGAUAUUAUCAAUUACAGAAAUACAUAAAAAAAUCUGAUGAAUAAAAUAUGUGUGUAUAUAUAUAACAAUGUAAUAUCACAAAAAAUCCUCAUAAUUUGUGGGAGUGACAGUUACAUAUUACUCUGUGUAAAACCAACAAAUUAAACGAUCUCACUUUGAUAUAUUAAGUGAACUAUCACAACGUGACCCAGUGAUAUGGUCCUAACUCAACACUACAACUCUUCGACACAACUCGCAUCACAAUGUUUCCUUUACGUGACGGCCGACUGGACCACAUUUCUAUUUGAUUAUUCAUUGUCUGCUGGAUUUGACUCUGUUCUAAGAAAUAAACCGUUUGUCCUGUUGUGUUUUUCCAGACUGACGGAUUAAUAAUGACAGCUAAAGAGGUGCUUUUUAAGUUUGUUUUCAUGUCAAGCAAACUGUCCUUCACUCGUCACUUCCUGAAUGUGAAAAUAACCAAUGAUAAACCCUCCUCUGUGUUGGCUGUGACAUCUCCGCUUUGGUAGUGGAGCAAGUACUUCAGUACAUUCUGACACAAAUCUGCUCAGAUGGUGAUAGAUGUUUAGAAUAAAUAGCUGUGUAGGAAACAAACUGUGACCUCUGUGUACAGCCUGUUAUAAAUCCUCCAUGUUGGACUUGACUGUUAUGUUUGACUCCCGGAUGUUGAGCUUCUGUUAUUUCUGACCUGCGCUGGAAUAAAGUGGGCUGGACAAACA